GUGCGCUCUGCUGGCUCAGCAUCCGCGAGAAGAGCUGAGUGUGGCUGGCUGCCGGCGUGGUUGAGCGGGUUGCAGCAGAACCAGCCGAAGCAGCCCCGUGGGCCUUCCUGCUCCCGGUGCCCCCGAGAAGAUGUCCCUUUCCCAAAAGCUCACCUUGGACAAGGUAGAUGUGAAGGGAAAGCGGGUUGUCAUGAGGGUGGACUUCAAUGUGCCCAUGAAGAACAACCAGAUCACCAACAACCAGAGGAUCAAGGCUGCCAUCCCUAGCAUCAAGUACUGCCUGGAUCAUGGCUGCAAGUCGGUUGUGCUCUUGAGCCACCUGGGCCGCCCCGAUGGCAUUCCCAUGCCAGACAAAUUCUCUUUGGAGCCUGUGGCGGCCGAGCUCAGAUCCUUACUUGGCAAAAAUGUUGAGUUCCUGAAGGACUGUGUGGGACCUGAUGUGGAGAAAGCCUGUGCAAACCCUGCUCAUGGUUCUGUGUUCCUGCUGGAGAAUCUCCGCUUCCAUGUGGAAGAGGAAGGAAAAGGCAAAGAUGCAUCUGGGGCAAAGAUCACUGCAGAUCCAGCCCAAGUAGAAGCUUUCCGGGCUUCCCUUUCCAAGCUGGGGGAUGUCUAUGUCAAUGAUGCUUUUGGCACUGCUCACCGGGCCCACAGCUCCAUGGUUGGAGUCAAUCUUCCCCAGAGAGCAUGUGGUUUCCUAAUGAAGAAGGAGCUAGAGUAUUUUGCUAAAGCCCUGGAGAACCCAGUGCGACCUUUCUUGGCCAUCUUGGGUGGAGCUAAAGUUGCAGACAAGAUUCAGCUGAUCAAUAACAUGCUAGAUAAAGUCUGUGAAAUGAUAAUUGGUGGUGGGAUGGCUUUCACUUUCCUUAAGGUUGUCUCCAACAUGGAGAUUGGCAAUUCUCUAUUUGAUGAAGAGGGAUCCAAGAUUGUUAAAGACCUGAUGGCUAAGGCUGAGAAGAAGGGCGUGAAGAUAACCCUACCUGUUGACUUUGUCACUGCAGAUAAAUUUGAUGAGCAUGCCAAUGCUGGUGAAGCCACCGUGCAGUCUGGCAUACCUGCUGGAUGGAUGGGUUUGGACUGUGGUCCUGAAAGCAGCAAGAAAUUUGCUGAAGUUGUGGCCCGGGCCAAGCUAAUUGUGUGGAAUGGCCCUGUUGGAGUGUUUGAGUGGGAAACCUUUGCACAGGGAACAAAAAAGCUAAUGAACAAUGUUGUAGAGGCCACCACUAAAGGCUGCAUCACAAUCAUAGGUGGUGGGGAUACUGCCACUUGCUGUGCCAAAUGGAACACUGAAGAUAAGGUCAGCCAUGUGAGCACUGGGGGUGGUGCCAGUCUAGAGCUUCUGGAAGGCAAAGUCCUCCCUGGGGUGGCUGCCCUAAGCAAUAUCUAAUGGAUGGAGUUUUCCACCUAUUGGUUCCUAUAAAAAGUCCUUAAGACUGUGGGGCUGUACUUUAAUUUCUUUGGUGUUUCUAAAUAUGUCUUUGUGGUUUGUAGAAUGUAUAUGUAUAUUUUGACCUUACAAAGUUAAAAGAAAGUAAAAACAAAUGUUGACUAUGUUCUCUUUUAUCUUUUGAAAUAUGUUGUACCAUUCAGCUUUGUUGGUAUAUUAGUGACUUUUUGUCACUGUAGUAUGAAAACAAAAUAAAACCUUGUUUUUUCCCCA